UUUGCUCGAACACGACGUUCGUUUUAGUCGUUUGUACGCGUCUGGACUUCAUAGUAACGCGUCGGUGUCGUAUAAUCUGCAAACAACCCAAAUGGCGGAUUACGAGUCUGACAGUGACGAAGGUGAAGCCGGACUAGGAAAUGUUACAAGAGUUAUCAUGAGACCGGUUGGUCAUAGUGGCAAAGCAAAAAAAGGCCAUUUGUGUUUCGAUGCUUCGUUUGAAACUGGCAAUUUGGGAAGGAUCGAUUUGGUGUGUGAGUACGAAUACGAUCUGUUCAUACGGCCAGACACCUGCAACCCACGGCAUAGAUUGUGGUUCAACUUCGUCGUGGAAAACACAAGACAAGAUCAAAACGUUAUAUUUAAUAUCGUAAAUAUUAGCAACAAAAACAACCUUUUUAAAAACGGGAUGACUCCCUUAGUGAGAAGUACGAGCCGAAACACGUGGUAUCGCAUACCGAUUUACAGGGUGCACUACCACCGAUCGUUGUACCACGACAACAACUACGUUCUCAGCAUAUUAUUUUCGUUUGACAAAGACGACGAUAGCUAUCAAUUUUCAUACUCGUAUCCGUAUUCGUACACUCGGCAACAAAACUAUUUGUCGCUGAUUGAAAAAAAGAAGUUGCCUUACUUCAAACGCGAACUACUAGGACAAUCGAUCCAAAACAAAAGAUUAGACUUGGUUACUAUAACUAAUCCGAAAAAUAUGAAUCCAACUGAAAAAGUACAUGUCGUUGUGAUAUUAGGCAGAGUUCACGGGUGCGAGACGCCCAGUUCCUAUGUCUGUCAAGGAAUUAUUGAAUUUUUGAUUAGUAACCAUCCAGCCGUGGUACGUCUUCGAAAAAAAGUCGUCUUUCAAUUAAUACCGAUGAUGAAUCCGGAUGGAGUAACUUUAGGAAAUUCUAGGACUAAUUUACUGGGAAUCGACUUGAACAGAGCUUGGCACAAGAUAUCGCAAUGGGUUCAUCCGAUAUUGUACGCCGUCCACAAUCACUUGAUGGAAAUCGAAAAACAUGAGAAUAUGGAACUUGAUUUGGUAAUCGACAUGCACGCUCACUCGUCUCUUCACGGUGUAUUUACUUACGGGAACGCAUACGACGAUGUAUACAGGUACGAAAAACAUAUACUAUUUCCAAAAUUGUUAUCCCAACAUAUUGAAGGUUACGAACAAACGCACUCAAUUUGCAACAGAGAUUUUAAAAAAUGCGGAACGUCGCGGAGGUUUUUGUGUCAAUCGCUGAAGGAGAAAGUCAAUUGUUAUACGUUGUUCGUAUCGCAGUAUGGCUUCAGUGUUUCUCCAAAAACCAUGAUUCCGUUCACUGAAGAUUCCUUUUACACCAUCGGCCGGUGCGUGGUGCUAGCAUGUUCCGACUACUUCAAAUCGACCGGCGUGCUGACGGCGCAGGACGUGGCCGUCAAGUGCAUCAAGAAACGAGAUAGGAAACGAAAAACCGUGUUGUACCGGCAGCGGGAGACACACCCGUUAUUCAAGAGGAAAAUCAAAAAAAAAUCGCUGGCAUUGAAACGGGUGGACAUUAAAGAUACGUUUCGCAGCUCUCUAGCGAGCUGCUCGGGACGCCCGUCCGACGACCCAAACAGGACGAACGCCAACAGGCGGAACAUGCGCUUUGUGAACCCGUCGAAAACCGUCGACAAUCGGCGGUCAUCGAACACUGCAGAUCGCGAAAACGUCACCGCCCCGCACACGUUUUCAAUCAUAAACGUCAACGACAUCAUACGAGACACGGACGCGUUGCUCAAGUUCUGAUACACCUAAAUCUGCAGUAUCGGAUCUUACAGGAGAAUGCUCGGGGAGGGACUUUUCUUUCAAACGUCCUUACCGAAUUUCCACUGACAUGUGCGUUUUUCUUUUUUAAGGACACUUUGAUCGUUUUCUUUGUAAUACUUCUGCAGCCCUUCAGGACAUGUCUGAAUACAAGGUAUAAAUAUGGAGGGGGUAUUUAUUGAAGUUUUUUUUGUAUAGAUUUAGUUUUUUUUUUAAAUAUUUUCAGAAUUUUUCAGUACAGUUAUAUAAUAGUUAUUAUGAUUAAUUAACUAUACACGAUAGUUAGAUAAAUAAGAAAUUUAUAAUCUAUAUAGGUAGAAACAAUUAAAAUGAAUUCAUGUAAUAAUAAAAGUUUGAUUAUAAUUUAAUAUUUUUCAAAUCAUUGUCAGACAAACAUUUAAACGUUACGAUUUUUUUAUAUUAGUAUUAGUUGAAUAGCUCAUCUGGAUCUGCAGAAAUAUUGAAUCCACUACUGAUUUUAAUAUGAUAUAACAUCCAUUUUAUCCUGUGUAAUAAUAAUGAUUUUAAUUUGUAACGAUUUUUCCUCUAUUGUAAAUUCUUGAGAUUCCUUUUUGAUUAUAAUUUAUUGUAUACAUGUCACACACUCACACACUUGUAAAAUCAAUAUUUUCAAGAAAUGUAUUUCCACUUCAGAGAUGUAUCCAUAUUGUGGAGACUAGGUUAUAAGAAGUAGUUAAUCUUAUUAUUUUUGUUAAUUAUUAUAUUUGAACCACGUGUGUAAAAUAUUUAACUUGCAGAAUAAAUAGGUGGGUAUAUAGAUAAUUUAUUAAUUAAAAAUUAAAAAUUACUUAUUUUCUUACAAAAUAUCUACUACAAUUUUAUUCGAGUGGUGUAAUAAUUAUAUUUCAAUCGUGUAUACUUAAAUGUUUUACCUACACAUUUAUAGUUAGGCUA